UGUCCCUGUCCGCGAGACGCAUCCAGUACCGCUCCAAUUCACCCCACAGCGCAGUUUCCUCUCCGCACUAGAAGAAGGCCAAGCCAGAUGGUGGAGUCAACCACAAACCACUGAGAUCAACUGCUGUGACAUCACCUCGCCGCACCGGGCUGCAGACGCAAUCUGAUUCACGAAUCUCUGCGCGGACCCAGUAGAAGUCAGUAGAGUCCAGUGAAGGACCGACUGCAUCGAUAGAAAUGGCUUCAACAGCCAUGUCUCCAUCCUCUCUCACCUCCCGCCUCUCCUCACCCCUCCUCCUCUUCUUACUCUCUGCCUUCCUCCUCCUGUCCUGUCCCGGAUCAGUGGACGCGGCUGACGCAAACUGCUCAGCUGCUGGAGACCAGUGUCAGGAAGGAGUGGUGCUGCCCGUGUGGAACCCUCAGAACCCCUCUGUGGGCGACAAAGUGGCACGGGCCAUUGUUUACUUCGUGGCUCUCAUCUAUAUGUUCCUGGGCAUGAGCAUUAUAGCGGACCGGUUCAUGUCUUCUAUAGAGGUCAUAACCUCCCAGGAGAAAGAAAUCACUAUAAAAAGGCCGAAUGGUGAGACCACCACCGCCACGGUCAGGAUCUGGAAUGAGACCGUUUCUAAUCUCACUUUAAUGGCCUUGGGUUCCAGCGCCCCCGAGAUACUGCUGUCAGUUAUUGAGGUGUGUGGUCACGAUUUUGAGGCCGGCUCUCUGGGUCCCAGCACCAUCGUGGGCAGCGCUGCCUUCAACAUGUUCGUCAUCAUCGCCCUGUGUGUGUACGUGGUACCCGAUGGAGAGACGCGUAAAAUCAAACACCUUCGGGUGUUCUUCGUCACGGCAGCCUGGAGUAUCUUCGCCUACAUAUGGCUCUACCUGAUUCUGAGUGUCUUUUCCCCGGGAGAGGUGGAGGUUUGGGAGGCAGUGCUCACCUUCCUCUUCUUCCCGCUCUGUGUGGGCCAGGCCUGGGUGGCAGACCGUCGCCUCCUCUUCUACAAGUACGUCCGCAAGCGUUACCGCGCCGACAAGCACCACGGCAUCAUCAUCGAGACCGAGGGAGGGCCGGAUGGAGCCAUGGGUAUGUCCGGAGGAGGUGCCCUGGGGCCGGGGGGUUUCACCAAGAUGGACAUGCUGGAGCUAGACGGACAGAUGGCACUGAAUUCUCACAGUGGGAUGGACGGAGGGAUGAUGGAAGACGGAGCGAAGGACGGACAAGAUGAGGCCAGGAGGGACAUGGCGAAGACGCUGAAGGAUCUGAAGCAGAGGCACCCGGAUAAAGACAUGGAGCAGCUGAUCGAGAUGGCUAAUUAUCAGGUCCUGAUGCAGCAGCAGAAGAGCAGAGCGUUCUAUCGUAUCCAGGCAACCAGGAUGAUGAUCGGAGCUGGAAACAUCCUGAAGAAGCACGCCGCCGACCAGGCCCGCAAGGUGGUGAGCAGCAAUGAGACGCAGGCGCAGGAGGACGACCCUCACACCAUCACGAUGGACUUUGAACCCGCUCUGUACCAGUGCUUCGAAAACUGUGGCUCCUUAAAACUGACUGUGGGCAGACACGGAGGAGACCCUGGAGUUACUGUCAAGGUGGAUUAUCGCACAGAGGACGGCACAGCAAACGCAGGUUCGGAUUAUGAGUUUGCAGAGGGAACGCUGCUGUUUAAGCCGGGAGAGACCCUCAAAGAGAUCACUGUCGGAGUGAUUGACGAUGACAUCUUCGAGGAGGAUGAGUAUUUCUACGUCCACCUCAGUAACCCUCGGCUGGUUGGAUAUCCGGAGAUCGGCACCGCCCCGCAGGACGCCAGCGUCGCCCCCAAAGCCGUGCUGGGGGACAACCACAGCGCCACAGUGACCAUCUACGAUGACGAUCACGCAGGCAUCUUUACCUUUGAGGCCGGCAGUCAGAAGGUGAGCGAGAGCAUGGGUGUGAUGGAGCUGAAGGUGUUGAGGACUUCGGGGGCCCGAGGCCUGGUGGCUGUCCCCUACCGAACCGUGGAUGGCAGCGCUAGAGCGGGAGAGGACUACGAAGUGUCCGCCGGCAAGCUGGAGUUCCAGAACGACGAGACCAUGAAGAUCAUCGAGGUGAAGAUCAUUGAUGAUGAGUUGUAUGAGAAGAACAAGACCUUCACCCUGGAGCUGGGAGAGCCCAUUCUGCUGGAGAUAGGGCAGAAACACGGGGACUCCAAUGAGAACAAGCCCUUGGUGGGAGCAGAGGACGAAGAAGUGGCCAAGAUGGGCUGUCCCAGUCUGGGCGAACACACACAAGUAGAGGUGGUCAUCGAAGAGUCCUACGAGUUCAAGAGAGCAGUACACACACUUCUCUGGCGGGCUGAACAGAAUACAGUAGAUAAGUUGAUCAAGAAGACAAACCUGGCCUUGGUGGUGGGAAGCAGCAGCUGGAGGGAGCAGUUUGUCAACGCCGUCACUGUUAGCGCAGGAGACGACGAUGAGGAGGAGAGCGGCGAGGAGCGGCUGCCGUCCUGCUUCGACUACAUCAUGCACUUCCUCACCGUCUUCUGGAAGGUCCUGUUCGCCUUCGUCCCGCCCACGGAGUACUGGAACGGCUGGGCCUGCUUCAUCGUCUCCAUAUCGCUGAUCGGCGUCCUGACGGCGGUCACCGGAGACCUGGCCUCGCACUUUGGCUGCACGGUCGGCCUGAAGGACUCGGUGACGGCCGUGGUGUUUGUGGCGCUGGGAACAUCUGUGCCAGACACAUUCGCCAGCAAGGUAGCCGCCAUCCAGGAUCAGUACGCCGACGCCUCCAUCGGGAACGUCACAGGCUCCAACGCGGUCAACGUGUUCCUGGGCAUCGGCGUGGCGUGGACCCUGGCCGCCGUGGUGUGGCGCUCCAGGGGCAAGGUGUUCAAGGUGGACCCAGGGAACCUGGCCUUCUCCGUCACGCUCUACACCAUCAUGGCCGUCAUCUGCAUGCUCAUCCUGCUGUACCGGCGGCGGGCCUCGGUGGCCGGGGGGGAGCUGGGGGGGCCGCGGACUUGCAAGAUUAUCACGUCGCUGCUGUUCUUCUCCAUGUGGCUGAUCUACAUCCUGCUGGCUUCACUGGAGGCCUACUGCCAUCUACCAGUGUUCUAAAUGGAGAGGAGACUGACCCACUGCCAAGAGGGGGAGAGGAAGGGAGAGAGGAGUCUUCAGACGGACAGGUCCAGGACAGAUGGGUAGCAGAGGCGGAUCAAUAAUGGACUCUCAAUUUCCUCUUUUUUUUUACGAUUUUCAGUGUUUCAGAUAUAUUUUUGUCUCUCCAUUUAUUUAUUUCCUGCAAACACUAAGUCAUUUUUGCAUUAGCAGCUCUUUUAGGAAAGGAGUCCCACCAUCUACCCAGUGUUAAAGAGACAUAAACCCUCCUAACUAAGAUUUAUUUCACAUAAAUGUAUGUUUUAAAGGAGCUUUUAUGUUGUUACCUCAAUCAUCCAUCAUCGUCAGUGGACCACACGGUUUAAUAGUUAAUCUGAUAUCGUUCAAUAUACUGCCAAAUCAGCAGGAGAGAAAAAGAGAUUUGGAGCAAGGAGAGGUGUGACGCCAUCACUCGGAGAAAAAGUUGAAGAGGAAGAUUUAGGGAGGAAGAUAAAAGAGGACAUGGAGGCAAAACAACUAGAAAAAUGUUGUGGAUAAAGUCGAUGGACUGACUGGAGAAGAAACAAGAAAAAGAAGAAUGGAUUCGAAUACAUAUUCUUCUCCUCACUUUCUCUCUCUUGCUACUUUCUGCUUUUUCCUAUCUGGUCUACACAGGAAGAAUCAUACCCACUGUACUCUGUUAAUACUACCAGUGACUUAUAGGUUGAACCCCUAUCCCAGAUGUACACACACACACACACACACACACACACACACACACACACACACACACACACACACACACACACACACACAUACACACACACACACACACACACACACACACAAUGUGGGGCCUCAGGUGAAUAACAUUGGAGGACCUCUCGCAGGAUAACACAGGACUGUUCCAUUUUCUUUUUUUCGUGAAUACACUGCGAAAUAUACUCUCCACCCCUCCACACACACUCUUUCCUACAAAACACUCAUCCCUCCCUUUGCCUUACCCGCUGUAGGACUUGUCUUAAAGUUGUGAUAAUGAAACGCUGUAGUAACCACCAUCAAUCCCUCUUUUUAAUUGAGCCAAUCCCAAGUCCUCCUCCUUUUGCGCCAAUCAGCAGCCUCGUUUAUCCCACCAUGGAGUCUCCCCCCCCCCUCCUUUCUUUUCUAAACUUUUCAAUGGCGUCACGUGUUGAUGUUGUUACCGUGCAAUUGUAAAAAAAAAAAAAAAAGUUAACUAAGAUAAAGACAUAUAAAUAUAGUAUGGAGAUAUGGAGGUAAAAAAGGUUUAAGCAGGUGGUUCGGAAGAAUGUAACAUGAGGAUUCAAAAUGUCGGAUUAGCAUCUGGGAGAAAAGUGGGAUGGAGAAGAAACGUGUGAUAAAAAAGUCUGGAAAACCAAGCAGUCCACUUUGUAAAAGUUGAAUGAAGAAGCGUCGUGCAAUACACAGCAUAGCUGUUAACACUCGAAAGUCGCUUGUAAUGGCGAAGAAACGAAAAUCGGGACUAAACAGGAAAUGAUGUAACGCUAUCUUCAGAACAAGAUGGACGCCAGUUAACGACUAUGAAGAGGAGGACAUUGAUGACGAAUCAAACUAUGACUAGUGUUUCUAAUUGUACAUGAUAAUAUAAGAAACUUUUAUUGAUGUGUGUGAGAAACACUGAUAUUUAAUUUAUGUGAAAACCCCGGAGGAAAUAGGAAAUUGUCGCCCUUCUUUCCUCUGAAACACAGUUCAAGGAGACAUUUAAGGGAAUCCCACCACCAGGGAAAAAGGCUGGAGGACUCACAGACAGAGAGGAGUCUCUGAGGGAAAUGUACGGCAGCUCUGAAAUAUCACACGACUGUUCUGUGGCAGUCGUCACGUUAGGAUGUUUCUUUGAACAAAAAUCACAAAUCCUCUGUUAUCCAAAGAUGUAAUAGAAGAACAAUGUCACAGAUCACCGUUCAUCUCCAGUGUGCCGUUUUACCUCGCAGGCGUCGUACAAGUCCCACCAGCUGCCAGGUGUAAAAAAACUCAUAUUUAAAGGUGUUCACACUACAGAUCUAUGUGCUUAACCAUUGGUAUUUUUAUGGGUACGAGCCUUUAUCAAAAGCUGUGCUAACUAUUUCGUUUUUGUAUAGAAGCCCUUCUAUAUUGAUUGAGGCAUGGUGUGUGUGAAGGUUUGUAGUAGAGAAUAUUAUGCCACAUAUCAUAUGAAAUCCUCACUUUUUCAAAGUGCGUUGAAUCCAGAUUUAUAUAACGUAUGUGUUUAUAGCCCUGCCUUGCCCAGGGGCUGGGCUGAAGCUGGGCAGAAGGGAUGGCAUAUGGUGCAGGUGAUUAUUAAAUGUAAUCCCUCUGUUAACAGCAGCGUACGAGCAACCAUUUUCCCCUCAGCUGCCCACACAGCUCGUUGUAAACUUCAAGGAAAAUCCUGUAAGGACAAUAAUUUAGCUUUUUUGUUUAAUCCACAGAGAGCAAAAUGGGACCGAAAACAACAAUUUACCUGCCCACCAUCCGCCCUUUUUCUUUCAGAUAAGGACAAAUUACCCGCUGCUUUCAAUUGUAUGUAAAUUCUUACAAAGCCCGCUCAGUCUUCACCAGGCUCAAAAACACACGGGUGGAAAUGACUUCCUGCGUCACCCCUUCAAUCAAAUGUGACGUUUUAAACGCCACAGCAGUCCCCAUCAUUUUCUGACAGCCAUAAAGGAAGGAAUCCAAUCUUAAUUGCAGAAAAUCUGUUAAAGUGGCAGUAAAAUCUACCUUGAACAGCUGUUUUCUGCAUCAGCUGAUAUCUGACAGGCACAGCCAAUAUUCACUGAUAAAGAGAUGUGGCCCCCUGCCAUCGAUGCGCUUGCCCUCUUUCAAAAGAAUAUUUCUUGGCUGCAAAUAUUUCCUAUUGCUGUCUAGAAAUUAGACACAGGUUUACACCCCCACAGAGGACUCUUCAGCAUGUUAAGUGCUUCCAGGGCCUUUUGGGAAAAAUAUUGAGGUCAGGAAUCCAAUCCUGGAGAGAAAAGUUUGUCAAACCCCCAAACAGAUACUAUUUUAUUACGAGUUCUCGUGUUUUAUUCUGUUAUAUUUCCAUUAGUUUCCCAACAUGCAGAUCUAAAUGUCUUAAAGUAGAAGAAUCUACUGAAAGUAUCCCACUAUCCUCAAUCUUAGUCCCGGUGCUUGUUGACAUGAUGUUGGAAUUACCCGUACCUAUUUGAACCUGUCAGACUGACCAUCCAGAUCCUCUCAAAUCCUGAGUCAGUCCUGCAGCGCACCGUAUAUUUUCAAACACAGGAGUCGGUCAUCAGUUAGUUUUGACAUGACUUACACGUUGGCAUGGCUCCUGACCCUCUGAGGCGCCAAACGGUCUCUCCAUGACUCCAGCCUCUAACGUUUGCAGGGCCAAGACUGAGUGGGCGGGAUCAUAGUGACGCCACAAGAAUACUGAGACUGAUUUAGAAAUGUAGGCUCUUUAAAGGUUCAUAAUCCUUUUUGGAAUAAGACUGACUUUGUGUGUGUGUGUGCGCGUGCAUGCUUUCUAAGUGAGUGAAGAAACGCAACCAUAUUUUUAGUCUCUUGCCUGUUGCUUAGCGACCAUCUAACUGCGAGCCGUUGUCUUCUUGACUGAUGCUGGUGUGUGUGUCCCUCUCCUUUGAUGUUUCUCACUUGCCCUUCUUAGAGUGAAUGUGACAGUUUCUCAUUCAUUAGAUCUCUCUCUGCGGUCCAAUUCCUACAUGUAUUACUCUUCGUUUCCUCCGACGUGUGUGUAUCGUUUCCUUUGUGUUCCUCAUGUCUCACCUUGUUUGCAUGUGUAUCCGUUGUGUGUAGGUCUACAUGCGUAUGUAUGCCUUUGUUUGUUUGUGCCGCUUGGUGUUGUAAUCUCCUUAUAAGGGCUUGCCCCCCGCGUCCCUGGCUGAGUCCCAAACGCCAGAUUAAUGAAUCUGAAUGCCAACCUGACCCACAGUAAAAAAAGGCCUGGAAAUUGGAUUCCCUCCAUUUCCUGUGUGUGUGUGUGUGUGUGUGUGUGUGUGUGUGUGUGUGUGUGUGUGUGUGUGUGUGUGUGUGUGUGUGUGUGUGUGUGUGUGUGUGUGUGUGUGUGUGUGUGUGUGUGUGUGUAUCGAAUUAGACGUAUAUUAGAUUUGGCUGGCAAUCAAGAUUGAAAUAGAUGGUGGCACAUUGUUUGAAGAAGUGUGUGUUUGUGUGUACAGUGUGUGAGUAGCUGUCAUACAUUAAGGUCACUGACUCUACAAACCGAUUGCAUGAUGUCAUGAUGCUGACAAUCACACACAUGUAAAUAACACAUACACACGUACUGCACUUGUAGAAACACAGAUGAUUGAUAUGGUUAUCAACAAGCAAUCCACACACACACACACACAAAACUCUGGCUCUCUUUUAAACUUAACAUAUUUCCUAGCAAUGUUACACUUUAAUUUAGUUGGAAAAUGACAACAGAAGCCCGCUAAGAAAGUGUAUUUAGUUGACGCUUUAAGUGACGGUUGCGAGGUCGAUUAUUUGUGCAUGUGUGUCUGAGUGUGUGUUUACAGACAUAAAUCAUUAUGUGUAUAUGAGUUAGAGAUAUAAAGAUACUGAGCUUGUAAAGAACCAAUUUUCACAUUUUAAUUUCAGAGACAUCUCUAGUGUGUGUGUGUGUGUGUGUGUGUGUGUGUGUGUGUGUGUGUGUGUGUGUGUGUUGAUCAACCUCUAUUUAUCAAUGUUUUGUACCCCUCUACCUUCUAAAUAUUUAUAUAUUAUAUCACUUCCUGCUUUCCAUUUUAUUUAUAUAUCAUGCCACCCUAUUUAUGAGGUCACAAAGUGCUUUUGAUAUAAUUAUCUUUCAUUUCAAUUUUUCAAUUUAUUUUAUUAUUAUUAUUUUAUUGUGCAAUAUUUAAUUUGUGUCCAAGGUUUUAUGUUGUUUUGGUGAUUUUGUUUUGUAAAAUGAAAAAAAGCCCUCGGAGUAGAACAGGAAAUUAGCAUAGUUACAAUUUAAAUAGUGUGCUAUUAUCCCUUUUUUAUUGUGUGAGCGAGUGUGUGUGGACGCGCGCAUCUUUUCAUCCUUCCGUCCACGAGUGUGUCGAUGCAUGAAUUAAACUCAUUCUGAAUACAGUGUUGAUGUUGGAAAUGUCGUAGUAAAGAGUAUAGUAUUUUUAAAUGCUGAAAAUGACAUGACAUGAAAACCGAUAUAGAUGUUUACAAAGACCAAACUUUUCUUUUAUUUCUUUUUUUUCUCAAAGAUGAAAUAAAACUUGACUGGCAAACGCUCAGAAGAGUGUCUGUUUGUUUUUCAUUUAAUCAUGGUGGGAAAUAUAUCAAAAGAUACUGAUUUGACUAAAAGCUCAAACCAAUCACAAAAUGGACUGAGUGUGUCGUCAUGAUUGGACUGAACUAAAUAGCUGUUUGCUAAAUUAGCCACGUGUCUGCUUUACAAUGUAAUCCAAGUCUCCUGUUCACAGUACUUUAAGUAAAAUAAGUGAAAUAUGAAGUUUUAAAACACUUUCGCCGCUCUUGAAAAUAAUGUUAUUGGUUGCAUUAUGGGAAAUGUAAGAUCAAACACUUUUAGUUUUACCACAAAGUUAAUUGGUGUAAUUGUUUUUUUACUUUUGCCUAAAUCUUCACAAUUUCCUGUUGUUUCUUCAUUGAAAUGGGGGAGUUUACUGGAGAUGAAAAGAUUCUACUGUGACGCAUCCUUUCCCUAUUUAUUUAAAAACAAAAGAGACAACUAUGUAAAAGCCUUUUCCCAUUAUGCUGGUCCGACUGAACUCUUUCAUUAAAGCUGUAAAUAUUGAUUUUGCCGUCACAAUGAGAAUAAAAAACCUUUUUGGUGUAACAA